UGUGUAAUGGCGUCUGCUGAUGUAGCGGUGUAAUAAUCCACUGGAACCGCGAUGGUUUGGUUUGGUUUUGGAUUUAACGGCUUCCGGCAAAUAUAUAAAGCUGUGCAUUCUAGUGAAAAGAAAGACUAUUUAGAGAAGAAUGUCGAAGUAAAAGUUACUGUUCCGGUCAGGCUUGCUUCAUGUAACUCUGACGGGACAAACGAGAAGGCUCAUGAUCAUGAUGCAAGUACUAGUAAAGAAGUCGUGUGUGGGAAAGCUGAGGAGAAAGUCAUUGAGAUUCGGGCGAGUUGGAGCCGAAGGGGAACACUGAUCCUCGGAGCUGACGCUCACGUGUGCCUGUCGGGCUUUGGGACGUCUGCGCAGACGGUCUGCGACUGCGUGCCGGAGAGUCGCGGCUGCAGGGAUGCGCAGCUUACGGAAAGACACCUCACUCUGCUGUUUGGGGACAGGGCGGAAUGCUGGAGCUUCGACACGUGGGGUGGCUUGCCUGUCUGGAAGAUGGAAUUCAGUGAAAUGGCUGGCAUGGGGUCUCCAGUAGCUUUGCCUCUGGUUCCAGGGGGGUAUAUUACCACAAAUCCCCCCAUGUUUCGCACCUUGUCCCCUCAGCUGCGUGCGGUGAGCUUGGCCUUGGGCUUGGAGCAUGCAGUCCUUCUGACUGCCUCAGGUAGUGUGUACACCUGGGGCUUGGGCAGUCAUGGCCAGCUGGGACAUGGUGGACUGGAACAGGAGGAGGAACCAAGGGUAGUGGAAGCACUGUGGGGUGUAGCCAUGGCAGGCGUGGCAGCGGGCAGCUGGCAUUCUGCCUCCAUCAGUACAGGAGGAGAUAUGUAUACCUGGGGCUGGAAUGAGAGUGGGCAGCUGGGAAUGCCAGCUAGAGGCCUGCAGGAAGAGAGAAAGCACACGGAUCAAGUCGAAGGAACCGGUUCAGACACUGAUGGAGAAGACAGCAGAGGAGUGUUCAUUUCCAUUCAGGCCUUUCCAGCACUAGUAGACCUUCCCGAGGACUCUGAGGUCACCAAAGUCAGUUGUGGAUCCCGUCACACAGCAGCUGUCACUGGUAAAGGUAAUCUUUUCACAUGGGGGUGGGGUGAUUAUGGGCAACUUGGACAUGGUAGCUCCUGUAGUUCUGACCAGCCGCUGCAUGUGGAUUUCUUCUCUGAUAACGCACUGUUUGUUUUAGAUGUGGUGUGUGGGCCUUGGAAUACAUUUGUUUCUGUAGUUGAAAGAGAACAGUCAGAAUCUUGAAAAUGUGUAGAAAGCUUUUUUUUUUUUU